AUGAAGUUCUUCAUCGAUGAUCUCCCCGUCCUCUUCCCUUAUCCAAAAAUCUACCCUGAGCAGUAUGAGUAUAUGUGUGAUAUCAAAAAAACCCUAGAUGUCGGGGGAAAUUGUAUUCUUGAAAUGCCUUCUGGAACAGGAAAAACUGUUUCACUUCUAUCGUUGACAGUAUCGUACCAAAUGUUUUAUCCGGAACACCGAAAGGUUGUAUAUUGUUCCCGUACUAUGUCAGAAAUUGAAAAGGCACUUAUUGAAUUGCAGAAUUUGAUGAAAUUUAGAGCAAAAGAAUUGGGUUAUGUUGAGGACUUCCGCGGGCUCGGUUUGUCGUCACGUAAAAAUUUAUGUCUUCAUCCAACAAUUUCAAAAGAAAGAAAAGGGACUAUUGUUGAUGAAAAAUGUCGUCGAUUGACCAAUGGUCAAAAUAAACAGAGGAUUGAAAAUGGUGAAACAGAUAUUGAACUUUGUCAGUUUCAUGAAAAUUUAUAUCAAUAUGACCCUACAAACUAUAUUGAGCCAGGUGUUUGGAGUUUCGAUGAUUUGAUCCAGAAUUGUACUGAACGGAAUGUUUGUCCUUAUUUUGCCGUUAGAAGAAUGAUCCCACAUUGUAAUAUUAUUAUUUAUUCAUAUCAUUAUUUGUUGGAUCCGAAAAUUUCCGAAAGGGUUUCCAAAGAACUCUCCAAAGAUGCUAUUGUCAUAUUCGAUGAAGCGCACAAUAUUGAUAAUGUCUGUAUCGAAUCUUUAUCCAUUGAUUUGACCACCGAUGUUUUGAAGAAAGCCGGAAAGGGAGCUGGCAACCUAUCUAAAGCUAUCAAAGAAAUGAAGCAAAAGGAUGCGAAGAAAUUGCAAGAUGAAUAUGAAGCGUUGGUCAGUGGGCUUCGUGAAGCCGAUUUUGUAAAUCAAUAUUCAAACGAGCCGGAAGAAAUGUUUGUUGAAAAUCCUGUGUUGAGCGAAGAUUUACUAAAAGAAGCUAUUCCAGGUAAUAUCCGAAGAGCUGAGCAUUUUGUGUCGUUUCUUAAGCGCUUUAUCGAAUAUUUGAAAACCAGAAUGAAGGUGUUAUACGUGAUUUCUGAAACCCCUGCAUCCUUUUUACAACAUUUAAAGGAAUUGACCUUCAUUGACAAGAAACCUUUACGUUACGUAAGUGAACGAUUGGCCAUUCUUGUAAGAACCCUUGAAAUUUCGGAAAUUGAAGAUUUCAAUGCUUUGAAGGAUAUUGCCAUGUUUGCCUCACUUGUUUCUACUUACGAAGAUGGGUUCCAACUUAUUCUUGAACCUUUUGAAACAGAUAAUUCACAAGUCCCAAAUCCAAUUCUUCAUUUCAGCUGUCUUGAUGCAUCAAUAGCAAUGAAACCAAUUUUUGAAAAAUUCAGUUCUGUGAUUGUUACUUCUGGGACUAUUUCCCCUUUAGACAUGUACCCUAAAAUGUUGAAUUUUGACACAGUGAUUGAAAAAUCGUAUGCAAUGACCUUGCCUCGUCGUUCAUUCUUACCAAUGAUUGUUACCAAAGGUAGUGAUCAGGUGGCCAUUUCUUCCAAAUUUGAAAUCCGUAAUGAUCCUUCAGUGGUACGAAAUUAUGGUUCCUUGGUGCUUGAAUUUUCUAAAGUUUCUCCUGAUGGGUUGGUUGUUUUCUUUCCUUCAUAUCUUUAUAUGGAAGGUAUUAUUUCGAUGUGGCAAACCAUGGGGAUCCUUGAUGAAAUUUGGGGAUAUAAGCUUAUUCUUGUGGAGACCCCCGAUGCCCAGGAAACUGCUCUUGCUCUUGAAACAUAUCGUACUGCUUGCUCAAACGGCCGUGGAGCGGUAUUAUUUUCUGUUGCUCGUGGUAAAGUUUCUGAAGGUAUUGAUUUUGAUCAUCAUUAUGGGCGUACAGUUCUAAUGAUUGGUAUUCCAUAUCAAUACACAGAAUCAAGAAUUCUUAAAGCCCGUCUUGAAUUUUUACGUGAUAAUUAUCUUGUUCGUGAAAAUGAUUUUCUUUCCUUCGAUGCCAUGCGUCAUGCUGCCCAAUGUUUGGGACGGGUAUUGAGAGGUAAAGAGGAUUACGGUAUUAUGGUUUUGGCAGAUCGUCGUUUUCAAUUCAAGAUUGAUCAAUUACCUAAAUGGAUUGCUCAAAAUGUUGCCAAAUCAGAUUUAAAUUUAUCAAUUGAUAUCGCGAUUGCUAGUGCAAAGCAAUUUCUUCGAACCUUGGCCCAACCACUCAACGAAAAAGAUCAAGAAAACUCGGUUUGGACUUUGGAUCAGCUAACGGAGUUCCAAAAGCAGCAAGGAUAUGUUCAAUCAGGUCACAAUGGAGAAGGUGGUGGUGAAAUUCAAGAAAUGGAAGUUGAUGAAUUUGAUGACAUGGAUGACGAUGAAUUUUUGAAAGCAUUGGAACAGCAAAAUGAAUAA